UCGCGACGAAGCCGGCUGGCUGGAGCGGAUCCCAGGCCGCCGACGCUAUGGGCAGCCAGGAGGUGCUGGGCCAGGCGGCCCGGCUGGCCUCCUCCGGUCUCCUCAUGCAGGUAUUGUUCCGAUUGAUCACAUUUGUCUUGAAUGCAUUUAUCCUUCGCUUCCUGUCAAAAGAAAUUGUUGGUGUCGUGAAUGUAAGGUUAACACUGCUUUACUCAACCACCAUCUUCCUGGCUAGAGAGGCCUUCCGCAGAGCAUGUCUGAGUGGGGACACCCAGCGAGACUGGAGCCAGACCCUCAACCUCCUGUGGCUCACAGUCCCUCUGGGUAUGUUUUGGUCCUUGUUUUUGGGCUGGGUCUGGUUGCAGUUACUUGAAGUACCUGAUCCUAAUAUUGUCCCCAACUAUGGAACCGGAGUGGUGCUGUUUGGUCUCUCGGCAGUGGUGGAGCUCCUAGGAGAGCCCUUCUGGGUCUUGGCACAAGCGCAUAUGUUUGUCAAGCUUAAGGUGAUUGCUGAGAGCCUGUCGGUAAUCCUUAAGAGUGUCCUGACAGCUUUUCUUGUGUUGUGGUUGCCUCACUGGGGACUGUACAUUUUCUCUUUGGCCCAGCUUCUCUAUACCACCAUUCUGGUUCUCUGCUAUGUCAUCUAUUUCACAAAAUUACUGGGUUCCCCAGUAUCAACCAAGCAACAAAUUCUUCCUGUCUCCAGAAUAGCAGAUCUGUUACCUAAUGUUACAAGAAGUGGAGCUUUUUUAAACUGGAAAGAGGCUAAAUUGACUUGGAGUUUUUUUAAACAGUCUUUUCUGAAACAGUUUUUGACAGAAGGUGAGCGAUAUGUAAUGACAUUUUUGAAUGUAUUAAAUUUUGGUGAUCAAGGUGUAUAUGAUAUAGUAAAUAAUCUUGGCUCCCUUGUGGCCAGAUUAAUUUUCCAGCCAGUAGAGGAGAGUUUUUAUGUAUUUUUUGCUAAGGUGCUGGAGAGGGAGAAAGAUGCCACACUUCAGAAACAGGAGGACGUUGCUGUUGCUGCCAUGGUCUUGGAGUUCCUGCUCAAGCUGGCCCUGCUGGCUGGCCUGACCAUCACUGUUUUUGGUUUUGCCUAUUCUCAGCUGGCUCUGGAUAUCUAUGGAGGAGUGAUGCUUAGCUCAGGAUCAGGUCCCGUUUUGCUGCGUUCUUACUGUUUCUAUGUCCUCUUGCUUGCCAUCAAUGGAGUGACCGAGUGUUUCACAUUUGCUGCCAUGAGCAAAGAGGAGGUCGACAGGUACAAUUUCACGAUGCUGGCCCUGUCAUCCUCAUUCCUGGUGUUGUCCUACAUCCUGACCUGUUGGUGUGGCAGUGUGGGUUUCAUCUUGGCCAACUGCUUUAACAUGGCUAUUCGGAUCACACAGAGCCUUUUCUUCAUCCACCAUUACUACCGAGGGAGCCCCUACAGGCCCCUGGCUGGCCUCCGCCUGUCACCGGUCCUUCUUGGAGUGUUUGCCCUCAGUGGUGGGAUUACUAGUGUUUCAGAGGUGCUCCUCUGCUGUGAGCAGGGCUGGCCAGCCAGGCUGGCGCACAUUGUUGUGGGAGCCUUCUGUUUGGGAAUGACUCUUGGGACAGUAUGCCUCACAGAGACCAAGCUGAUCUAUUUUCUCAGGACUCAGUUAGGUAUGUCUAGACUCAUUGACAAAAUGACGUGACUUCAGAGAUGCUUUGACACCUGCGGUACCUGGACCAGCCAUGGGGCAGUUCUGCUGGUGGAGCACAUAUUCUGUGUAAAAGCCCUCAGUAAAAGUUCUGCAGUGGAAGAAUGAGAGCAACACGGGAGGGCGGCAUCACGGAAACCACUGGAUGAAACAGUUGCCAUCCAUCUGAAGUCUUAAACGUGAAGGAUGAGUUUCAUUUUUAAGUGAAGACCAAAAAUAGAUGACUUUUUUCAUCAUUUUGUUCUAAGCAGCAUUGUCUUGUUUUAUUAAUCUAUUAAUUCCUUUUGGAUGUGAUUGACCUUUGGAGCUACCUGUUCUAACAAACUGGGUCUUAGAUGUUAAUGGUUAAUAAUCAUCAGGCCCAGAAAAAAAGAUGUAGCCAUUUUACCAGUUGCAGGAAUAUUUCAUUUCUUCUGUAAAAGAAGGAAGGAGACAUGAUGUUCUGCACCAGACAAGAACAAAGUGUGGCCCUAUUGUUGCAGCCUUCCCCACGUCAACACUGUGGUCUGAGUUUUUAGAGAAGGAAAAAUGUUCUUCAGUGAGUUAUCCAACAACUGAAAUUGUGAAGCUACUCAGACCACACUUCCCAGAGUGAGUUAGGGAGACUCUCACCUGUCACGGUCACACUGUGUCCCAUGAGUCAGCCUUACCCAUAGAGGGCCCCCAGGCUUUGCUGAUUGAAGAGUGGGUGAAAGCUAACUGGAGAUCCUGGUCUGGCCACCUGAAAGAGGGGGACUCUGAAGGAAACUGUGAUCCAGUGUGAGCUGCUUUGUCCCCUGAAAGGAGCACUGCUUUACGACUUUCUGUAACUUACUCAUGUGGAAAUUACACAGGUAGGCUGGGCAUGGUGGCUCACGCCUGUAAUCCCAGCACUCUGGGAGGCUGAGGCGGGUGGAUUUUUGAGCUCAUGAGAUGGAGACCAGCCUGAGCCAGAGUGACCCCAUCUCUAAAAAUAGCUGGGCCUUGUGGCAGGCACCUGUAGUCCCAGCUACUCAGGAGGCUGAGGCAAGAGGAUCACUUGAGCCCAAGAGUUUGAGGUUGCUGUGAGCUAUGAUACCAUGGCACUCUACCAAAGGUGACAAAAAAAAAAAAGAAAGAAAGAAAAUUGCACAGGUAACAAGUAAAGUUGAGCAGAUGUAUCUUUUUAUCCUCAGAACAAGACAGGAUAAAUUUUAUAUGGCAAGUAUUACUGAGUCCAAUCCCUUCCACUGACCCAUUAUUUCCAGCAUUAGUCAGUACAGUUGAAGUCCAGCUUCAGGACAAGAGUAGCAGGCUAGGCCUUUGGUCCUCCAAGCUGCAAAGUGAGCCCAGACUCUCUGCACCUCACACCCUGGACGUGAGAUCAUCGAGCAUCAUUUCUGUGUGGUAAAGUGUCUUUCUUUGUUCAUUAAUGUAUUAAUUCCUUUUGGAUAUGAGUGCCCUCUGGCAUAAACUUGUGCAUGUUUGGCCUACAUGCACAAACUCUGUAUCUUGGAUAGUAAUAGUUUAAUAAUCCUCUGGAGAAUGUCCCCAAACUUUCCCAGAGAGAGCAGUAAGGACAACUCAUAUUAUGCAUUAAAAUGCAUAUGUUUAAAUCUAGUUGCCCAAGACCCACCAGUACCCCAAGACAGGCCCAGUCACCCUGGCAUAUUUUUAUCUACUUAGAGGGAAAAUGCUUUCACUAGUUGGUGGAAAGUAGCUAAAUGCAAGGUGUCCUGAACAAUCAAGGUCCUCCAAAAGCGUGGCCUCAGUCAUACUUUUAUAGGGCAGCAUCAGGCUAACUCAGAAAAAUGGAUUGUCCCAUGGGGUCAGGUGGGCAGCACAAAGACAGCUCUUCCUCUCUCCCAAUUUUGUGCACUUUCUCUGUCCCCCAACUGCACAAAAAUUGGCCUUCAGUCCUCAGAAGCUUCUCUACUGCUGCUGACCUCUUCCCCAAAACCCAGUCAA